CUGCACGCUGAGCCGCCUGUGCUGGAGGUCUCCUCCCGCUCCACUUCUGACUCUGCAAUGGCCGCCGUGAAGACCCUCAACCCGAAGGCCGAGGUGGCCCGAGCGCAGGCGGCGCUGGCGGUCAACAUCAGCGCGGCGCGGGGGCUGCAGGACGUCCUGAGGACCAACUUGGGGCCUAAAGGCACCAUGAAGAUGCUUGUGUCUGGCGCUGGAGAUAUCAAGCUGACCAAAGAUGGCAACGUGCUGCUUCACGAAAUGCAAAUCCAGCAUCCAACAGCCUCCUUAAUAGCCAAAGUGGCAACAGCCCAGGAUGACAUAACUGGUGAUGGUACCACUUCUAAUGUCCUAAUCAUCGGGGAGCUGCUGAAACAGGCGGAUCUUUAUAUAUCUGAAGGCCUUCAUCCAAGAAUAAUAACAGAAGGGUUUGAAGCUGCAAAGGAAAGGGCCCUUCAAUUUCUGGAACAAGUCAAAGUAAGCAAACCAAUGGACAGAGAAACACUUAUAGAUGUGGCUAGAACUUCUCUACGUACUAAAGUACAUGCUGAACUUGCUGAUGUCUUAACAGAGGCUGUAGUAGACUCUGUUUUGGCCAUUAAAAAACAAGAUGAACCUAUUGACCUCUUCAUGGUUGAGAUUAUGGAAAUGAAACAUAAAUCUGAAACUGAUACAAGCUUAAUCAGAGGUCUUGUUUUGGACCAUGGAGCACGGCAUCCUGAUAUGAAAAAAAGAGUAGAAAAUGCAUACAUUCUCACCUGCAAUGUUUCGUUAGAAUAUGAAAAAACAGAAGUGAAUUCUGGCUUUUUUUACAAGAGUGCAGAAGAGAGAGAAAAAUUAGUAAAAGCUGAAAGAAAAUUCAUUGAAGAUAGAGUUAAAAAAAUAAUAGAAUUGAAAAAGAAAGUCUGUGGUGAUUCCAAUAAAGGAUUUGUCGUUAUUAAUCAAAAGGGAAUUGAUCCCUUUUCCUUAGAUGCUCUUGCUAAAGAAGGCAUAGUAGCUCUGCGCAGAGCUAAGAGGAGAAAUAUGGAAAGGCUGACUCUUGCUUGCGGUGGGAUAGCUCUAAAUUCUUUAGAUGACCUAAAUCCUGACUGUUUGGGGCAUGCGGGACUUGUCUAUGAAUAUACAUUAGGAGAAGAGAAAUUUACCUUUAUUGAAAAGUGUAAUAAUCCUCGUUCUGUGACAUUAUUGGUCAAAGGACCAAAUAAGCACACACUUACCCAAAUCAAAGAUGCAAUAAGAGAUGGCUUGAGAGCUGUUAAAAAUGCUAUUGAUGAUGGAUGUGUAGUUCCAGGUGGGGGUGCAGUGGAAGUGGCAAUUGCAGAAGCCCUGAUAAAAUAUAAGCCUAGUAUAAAAGGCAGGGCCCAGCUUGGAGUUCAGGCAUUUGCUGAUGCAUUACUCAUUAUUCCCAAGGUUCUUGCUCAGAACUCUGGUUUUGACCUUCAGGAAACACUAGUUAAAGUUCAAGCAGAACAUUCAGAAUCUGGUCAGCUUGUGGGUGUGGACUUGAGCACAGGUGAACCAAUGGUAGCAGCAGAAGUGGGUAUAUGGGAUAACUACUGUGUAAAGAAACAACUUCUUCAUUCUUGCACUGUGAUUGCCACAAACAUUCUCCUGGUUGAUGAAAUUAUGAGAGCUGGAAUGUCUUCUCUCAAAGGUUGAAUUGAAGCUUCAUCUUUAUAAUGAAGACUACAGAAUUCUAAGAAAACUAUGGAGUUAAAAUCCAAGCUUAAGUGAUUAUCAAAGGAAUUUUCCCAAGUGAAAAAAAGGAACGCUUGGCCCCUAUCAUUACUGAAGUUUUGAGAUUAUAAUUACAGUAUUUUUUAUUGCACUGCUAUAUUCAUAAAGCAAGCCCUUUUACUUAUUGACCCUGGAUGUUUUGUUCUACCUUCAAUGAUUAAAAUAUACAUGUCGGAUGAGCAUGUUACCUUGGUACUAAAUAUUCUAAAUUUUUGGUUUAUAUAAAUGACACUCAAGAUUAGGUUUUGAAAGAAUUCCUGUUUCUUGGUAUAAAUUCUAUAAAUAAAACUUCAGGCUCAAUUGAAA